UUCAAAAAUAUUUCAACAUUAUUCGUGAACAUGAAAUUACAUUGUUUCGCAACGAUUAUAUAUUUAUUUAUAAUCGCCAUUCAAUUCUUCAAUUCAACCCCGGUCGAAAAAACAGACCUCGAAAGCAUCGAUAAAUUUGGUAGAUUCUUGAAAAAUAUCAGUCAUCGGAUCAUUGAGACAAUUAUAGUAAUAGAUAUUAAAUCGGGAAACAUUGAGAUGGAAGCUAACUACGAAGCAUCGUUAGAUUGUAUUGAAUUUGUGGUAGCCCAUAUCUUUAAAUCCAUACCAUCCAAGGAAAAGUUUAUAAGGAUCGGUUUAAUUCAAGAUAAUAUUCGUUCAAAUAAUUCUAGACAAAUGGAGAUAUCCGGGAUCAAUAACUAUACUCAAUUUAUGAAAUAUUUUUGCAAGAUCAGGAAAGAAGCUUUAGCACAAAAAAACAGAUCGGACGGUGAUUUAAGAAACGCCAUGGAAGAAGCUUUAAUUGCGUUCGGCAAUCGAGAUACCUAUAAAAUUUUGAUAAUUUUUAGUGAUAGAGAACGUUGGAAUGACCCACUUCUUCUUCAGAAAGCACAAAAACUAGGAGAAAGAAAUUUAAACACAUUCGUAUUUGUCGGAAAUCCAGACAUCAAUCGAACGGAAAUAGCCGCAUUUCCUUCAACUCAAAAUAUGAUUUUUAACAAUUUUGAUUCCUUGUAUAAUACAUUUUUUUCUAUUUUCAAAACUGAUUCAGAUUUGUUGCACAAUAAUACAUGUCUUUAAACCAGCGAAAUUUGGGAAAUAAAAUUUAACA